AUAUAGCCUCAACGAGACUGCCAUUUUUAUGAGUGAGAAUUUUUUCAUUCUAUGUGCAGAAAAAUGGCGGAAAAUCCACCAAAAAAACGCCUGAAAAGGGCGGGACGAACUUUUAGUGAAAUACACAGUCGCUUGAUGAAAUUUAAAAAUGAAAUUUUAACUGCGAUGGACAAUCUUAGGACGGAUCAGUGGAUAACCUUUUGCUUUGUAAAAAUCCUUCAUUGUAACGGUGCGUACGCGUGUAGCUUUUCAAAGGCUUGGUGUAAGACACAGAGAAAUCUCGACGAUGUCGAUGAAAACAAACGGUCAAUCGUAUUGCUUCCUGAUUUAUUUGACUUUGAGGUUAUUACCAAAUUUUUGGAAAAGGAUGGUGACAUUGUCAAUAAAAUGACAGAAAACCAGAUAGCCGCUUUCGACAGACUGAUCACAUUUUUGGAAAAUAUAGAGGAAACCUCUAAAAAAAUUGAGGGUGCACGAGCUAAAGCCUUCAAGGAAAGCAGUUGGGCAGCAAUACUUGGUGUUCACGUUCUCAGACAGCUUGCAGUUUCAAAUGAGAUGAUGAUUGACUCUGGUUAUGCUGAUAAAACAUCGGAGUGUCCCUGUGGAUGUCGAACUCCACUUUGUGUUGGAGACAACAGCAUUGGUAAUAAGUCCUACAAAAAAUAAAUCAAUAGGGCAAUAAUUUGUUUAAAGGCCGCAUUUACAAGAACAUAACAGUAAUCACAUUGUUUGUCCAUUUGUCACGCUUUAUAUGUGGAACAUCACUAUUGCCUUUUUAGCUCAUCUGUCAUGUAGUGACAUGAUGAG